UAUAGCAUCAGUGCUAUACUUCCAUGAUCGCGAGAAUCAUAUGGUUUUAUCUAACGGGACGUGGAGUGUGAGACAGAGGCCGAUCCGAGAGAAAUGUAAAAGGGGUGGUUUCGAUAUACUAUAUCCAUUGAUAUGUGUAUAAGUUCUAUAGUUUAAGUAUAGAACUCAAUAGUUUGCUCGUAGAGGGGAGAUAAACUCAUGACCUACCUCUACACAUUUACUACAGGACCAGAACCACUCGUAUUACACUUCUCUCGGACCGCUGGUGCAGCUAUUUCUUUUUACAGAUGUUCACACUUUAGUUAGAAUAAACAUCAAUGAGCGCAGCGGCCGGCGCACAGCAUGAGCAUAUCAUGGACCAUGGACCUGGAGCUUAUCAAUAUACAUAAACAGUGUUAUAUGAAUUUGUACAGUGAUUUCAGCUAUGCUAAUCGCAUGUAGAAUCUUUAUUAAUAUAAUGAGCACAUGGAAAUUGUUACAGCGUCGAUGUUACGAUCUGCUUUCAUACAAAUAUUCGCUGCUAGUGAUAUUAAUAGCAUUUACUUGCAUAUUUAUCGGCAUUAUUCAUUUCGGAGAGAUAUGGAUAACUUGGAGUAGAGAGAAAUACGAAGCAGUAUUUCAUUCCUUCAAUGAUAAUAUAUUAGGUGUCUCAUUCCAAAAGAAAUUAUGCCAACAUGUACCAAUAGACGUUGUAUACACAUGGGUGAAUGGCUCUGACCCAGCUUUUUUAAAGAGUCUUAAAGAACAUGUUCCUAUCAUGGAUGUUAACACAGCGGCUUCCAGAUUUAGCGACAAAGAUGAAUUAAAAUAUUCGUUACGCUCAUUAGAAAUGUAUGCGCCAUGGAUUAGGCAUGUAUACAUCGUUACGAAUGGUCAGAUACCAAGUUGGUUGGACAUGGACAACCCGAGAGUCACACUUAUUACUCACGAAGAUAUAUUUUUGAAUAAAAGUGAUCUUCCAACAUUUUCUAGUCCAGCUAUUGAAAGCCACAUUCAUAGAAUUCCUGGAAUUUCAGAUAAAUUUUUAUAUUUCAAUGAUGAUGUGAUGUUAGGAGCUGAGGUAUGGCCAGAAGAUUUCAUUACUCAAGCAGGUGGACAAAAAGUCUACCUAGCAUGGUGGGUUCCUGAUUGUUCAGAUGUUUGUCCUUGGGCCUGGGUGGGUGAUGGAUCGUGUGAUCCUGCUUGUAAUACAACAUUAUGUGAAUUCGAUGGUGGAGAUUGCGAUAAUACACCAGUUCCUACUGAUAGCGAAGCAGUCGAAGAAGAAGGAGAUUAUCCACACAAGCUUUUACAAGAUCCUCUAGAAAAUUCUAACUACAGGUUGAAAUUCUUUGACUUAUUAAAAAAUAGGAACAUAAGUACCAUGUGGAAUGAUACAGAAACCUUGACGCAACAAACAUUAACGAACAGACCAACAAAUUUAAGUCUGAAUCUAAACGUAAAUAAAUCGUACCAUUUAAGAAAUCAGCAGAUGAACAGCAUUAAACGGCUGUUUAACGAACGAUCUAUUAUGGAACUCGAUCGAGCUCCAUCUACUCAGAAAUCGAUAUUAUCGAAAAUGAUUAAUAAAAUAAGAGUUCAGGAUGUAAAUAUUACUGAAAGGCGGUUGCAAUUGAAACGUUACUUAAACAACGAUGUCACGAGUUUGCCACAAGUUACUAGCACCAUGAUCAAAAUCAAUCAUAAAUCUGGUCAUACUGAUCAAUGGAAACUUAGGACGAGACAGCUUGAUACGUACGCUGAAUCUUUGCUAUAUGUGAACAGAAUUUAUAACAUGGCAUACGGAUUUGAACGUAGAAGAGUACCCGCCCAUAUGCCGCACUUAAUUGACAAAUGGAUCGUUGCCGACAUGCACAACAAAUUUAGAAACGAAUUUAAGAAGACAUCUAGUCAUAAAAUUAGAAAUUCGGAGGAUAUGCAGUUUGCUUUCUCUUACUUCUACUUUUUAACAAAUGAAAAACGAAAAGUUCCGAUCGAAGAAAUAUUUAACAAGUUCGAUACGGAUAAAUCAGGGACGUGGUCCGAUAGGGAGAUCAGGACUCUUCUCUCUAGACUUUAUCCACUACCUCUUGAUUACAGUCUAGUCGUCGAAUUUGAAAACGCGAUAACAAAUUGCUCAAAUCAUAUAAAAAUUACUGAAGUACCGAAUCCACCGCUUGGAGAGAGAUAUUUAGAUUCAUCUCUGCCAACUGUGUCAAAGGAAUUGAUAGCGAAAUGCGAGUCGAUCUCGAGAAGAAUUGAAACGAAGUUUGGCGAAGGAAAACUUUACCCACACGAGGUGAUCAAGGCUGGGAAAAAUGAAGUAUUUGAGAUGUUAACGAGCAACGUGUCUUUAACGGUACAAAUUUUAGACGAAAUACGAAGAGAUCCAAAAAAAUUUAUUUGUUUAAAUGACGAUAUGGAUCCUCUUCGACGUUCUGAAAACGAAGUGGUCAAAGCAUUGUUAAACGACUUUUAUCGCUCUCUAUAUCCAUUGCGCAGUACUUUCGAGUUGCCCUUGCAAUAUCGAAAUCUCUUCACCCACCGACACGAACUCUACGAAUGGAGAGCGAAUCGUGCGAGGGCCAGAAAUUUGUUGUUAUGUCUUAUUCUUUUAUUGCUUGUUACAACUUUUUAUCACUUAUUUUAUCAUCAAGUGCGACGAUUAUUCAGAAUGCGAACAUUACCUACUUUACUCGUUUAAACAAAGAAGUACGAGAUAAAUAAUGCAAACUAUAUACAUAUACAUCCUUCGUAUCUUCCACGAUAAAACAUAUGACUAAAAUAAGAUUGUGUACAUGGACAAUUCCUUUAAAAAUGCGCAGCACUUUAAUAGAUUCAUAUUCUUUGUUACGUGUCUUACGCGUACAAGUCCAUCUAUAAUUUAGAACAAAUACUCGAAGAGAAGUAUACAGAUCACGUUUUAUGAAACUGACUUAUCAAAUUUUACAAAGAAUCAAUACUUUGUAAGAUAUGCCGAAAUGCGAUCAGAUAGAUAUUUAGUACAUCGUGUUUUAAAAUUAAGUAAAAUGUUCCUGUGAUAUUGAUGAAGUACUGAUUGUCUUUGUUUCCUCCUCUUAAAUAAAACGGAAGCAUAGAUCUGAUAAAUUUUUCUACAGAACAAAUACGUACGUGUACGACGACAAAUAUACUAAUUUUUAGUCUAUAAAAUAUAAUCUUUAAGUAAGAAAUUUAGCUUUAUUAUAACCAUUUUGAGACACUGUUAGUUUAUUGUAAAAUAUUUCUCUUCUACGUGUCUACGCCUCGUGUUGGAAGAUCGCCAGUUAAUGAUCAUUAAAGACUUACGCUAUACCAAAUUCGUACUUAUUGUUAAAGCACUAAAGAUUAUGAAUAAACGCCAGAGAAUAUCAAUACAUUAAAUACCACUUUCAAUUCCUGAAAGUUAGUGUUUAUUUUAUUUUUAAAGAAUCAUGUAAAUAAUUCUUUCGAAAUAAAAACAUGUAUCAUUUCUUA